GGCGCGAGUCGCGUGGCUCUGCGUGGAGUGACGCCACACCAUCGCUCCUCAGCAAUAUGAGUGCAAGCGCUAGCACAAGCACCAGCGCAACGAGUGCCGCGACGCGACCAGCAACAGGUGUGGCAAGCCCUCACGACGGCCAGGAUGACAGCGCGCUGGCUCGUGCGGUCUUGCCUCCUCGACCAGGCUCCCCACUCCUCCGCUUCGCACCGCCUCUGGUCUUUCCAAUCACCACGAUUGCCGGCGUCACCCCGUAUACGACGGCGACCAUGUCGGCGUGGUGUCCAGCGCCGUGGGCCCCUUGCUGCUUCUCGUCGCGUGUGCAGGCGGCGCCCUCGCCUCUCCCUCUUGCCACCGCUGACCACGAGGUUCCCUGCAUCAUCGAGGACAUCGACUCGGGAGACGAUGACGAGGACGAAGACGACAACGCAGACCCUACCGCCCCGCUCAAGAAGCCCCUCUACCUCUCUGUGGCGGAGGAGCUCACCGAGAUCCGGGCACGACAGGAGCAGCAGCAGAUGACUGCCACUCCGGCCACUACAAUGUCACGUCCCAACAGCGCGACGCACUACACGAGCCUCGAGGCGCAGAUUGCGCUCAUGAAGAGCCAGAUACAGGAGAGGGAGAAUGCGAAGAGGCCAGCGACUGUAGCAACCGCCGCGAAUGGACGCGCUUCGCCGAAUCACCACUGAUCUCGAGCGGCUAUUUGCGUCCCCCGUCCCUCGCGCGACGGCUUGAGCGGGCUGAGCCAACCCGCGCCCACGUGUUCGCGUGACCCUGAGUGGAGGAGCCCGAUUACCGGUCAAUGCCGCCGCCCGACUCGAUCCCGUUUCGUCGAUUGGUCACCAUCUACACGCUCGUCACCAACACACCGAUCCAGCAUGACCUUCUCUCGCUUCCUCGUCAGCUCAUCGCGCGCCGCUCUGGCCGCUCGCCCCGCGACCUCCGCUCACCUCGCCAGGGCAGCCCCGCUCAGCACUUCUGCCAUCCGUCUCUCG